AUGUCGUUUAAGAUUCCGCGGAUCGGUAUCCAACGCAAGUUAUUCGAUUCUAGUUUAGAUGACACUCAAUACAAUCAAAGUUCACAGGAUAUAAGUUUUGGUGUUCAAAAUAAUAGCAACAUCCAUCAAUCUAAAGAGGAAUUCGAAGACCAGUCGAGUCAAAGUCAUUCAGAAUAUAACUCAUCGUUCUGGACUUCGCUUCGUAAUAUUUGGAAACACUCUGAUCGUGAAGACACAAGCUUGAUUAUGGACAAAGACGAUGAACAUAAUAAUGAAUUAAAACUAAGUAAUUUGCUAAGCGACAUAAACGAGACCACAGAUUACUUAAUGAACAAGAUAAGUAUGUCAGAAAAAAUAAUUGAAUUUGCGAACCUAAACGGCAACUCACUUAAAACUGCGUCAGAAUCAGUAAAAAAUCUAUCUUAUGGAAAAAACAUUAUUAUCGAAAAACAAAAUUAUUUAAAUGCGUUUUCGGAAAAAGUGAAAGAAUUUCCUCUUUAUAUGGCUGAACGUUUAGACAGAAUUCUUUCGAAAGUUGAAAAUUCUAUGGCUGAUGAAUCGAACAACUUUGAUCGUUUACCUGCGUCAUCUCGCAACGAUUUAGAACAUGCUGUUGUAACUCUAAGGAAUAAACUCAGGUUUUUAAAAGAAAGCAGUAGUCGAGAUGAAUUCGUGUUGUGUGGAAAUAUACUGCACAGUAAUGGAGUCCCAACACAAAAUAAGAAACAGCCAGCACAUGGACUUGAUAAGUACAUGUUUUCUAGUACAGGAUCAGAACUCUCUAUUCACAUGAAGUUUCGAACACCCCGUUCAAUUUCUUCGAGGAAAACUAAUAUACGGUCUGUACCAAGGUUGAUAAAUGAUUCACGAGAACAAAAAAUAUAUAAUGAAGAUUACGCAAAUCACAGAACACGGAAGACAAGCAAGUUUCAAUUAAAAAAUGAAUCCAGUUACUACCAAAAUACGGAUUAUUAUAUACAUUCACCUGAAACAUCUGAUAGCAGUGACUGUAUAUCUUUAUCUAGUAUAUCUGAUAUAUAAAUUAUUGAACCCAGUAUUUUCAAUUUUUCGACAUACUGAAGACAAAAUAAAUAGAAAUCGCUCAACAUGUUAAUAGUGUGUUUAGAUUGAAUUCUUACAGUAGCCGAUAAAAUACUCCAAAGUAUUAUGAAAAAUCAAUACCUUGCAAAAAUGUUAUGAGAGUAUUCAACCACAGAAAAAACUAGUUGGAAAUGAUUUAGUUACGUAAAAAAAGGCGUAGAGUGACCUUGACUCAUAUAUAUUGGUUGUUUGGAUCUUCCCACUGAUGUUUAGGAAUACAACUGAU